CUGCUACUGGUGCUGAUGCUGUUUGGUCACGUUUGCGCGGCGGCAGAUGCACGAGCUGCUUUGCCGUUUUUCUUCACACCGGAGUGUCUUCAGUUACACUCGCAAAGGGAAUUCUGACUCAACGAUUCAGCAUCUCUCCAUUCGGGAGACACGGAUCAGAACCAAAGUGUGCAAGUGAGCUGAGAAGAAGGGAAGCAGGGAAGAAUCUGAGACUGAGACAGCUCUCUUUAAAAGCAGACAAUCUCCAUCUCCAUCUCAAUCUCCACACCAGGUGCUCUGAUCUACUUUAGCCAUUUAAUGAACAACAAGACAGCAAUAAUCUCUCAACACAAAUCUGCUGGACCAAACAACAAAAAAGCAGCAUGUCACAGCAUCGUUCCUGACUUGCCUUUGAUGUUCUAGUGUCUCAUACCAUGCUGAUUAAAGUGCACAUGGAAGGACAAUCCAAUAUCAAAUAAAGACGAAUCAGCAAAAUCUAACACUUCCUCUCCCCUAAUCUGCUUUAUUUCCUUCUAAGUGGCGUCAUGGUGUCUCCUGCCGAGACGAUCGUAUCAGAGGAGGGCAGACAAGCAGGAAACUGGGACAGCUGAGUCUAAAAAAAAAAAACAAAGAUAUAGUGACUCACAAAUAAAUAAAAAAAAAAAACAGCAGCACAAAACAACAUGAAUUAGGUCCUUCAGGUCAUUAUCUAAAAUAUUGGACAACCAAUGACAUCCUUCUUCCUUUAUGAUGAUCCCAUAUUGAAUAAAUAAGAUCAAGCAAAUCAUUGGCUAUAGGUCGCCUGAAAACACUAAGCGAAACAACUACUACUACUGCUACUACUACUAAUAAUAACAAUAAAACAUAUGUAAGUUGAAGCAUGAUUUGUCCCUAAUCAGCUUUCUCUCCAUGAUAUCACAAUUUUGCUAAAAAGAAAAAGAGCAGAUAACAAAAAAAAAUUAUAAAAAAUACCAUCCUGCUUCACAGCUGUUAACUCUUGAGAUUGCCCCCAUGGUGAUGAAAUUAGAGGCAAAAAAAAAAAAAACAGAAAAUUAGCAGCAUGACUCGUCCCAAGCCUACUUUAUUUUCUCUGUGAUGUACGCAUUAACACGGACGAGGACAAAAAACAAUGCUCCUUCAGCACAAAUCAACCAAAAUCAACACCUAAUGAGAAAAAAUGGCUGCCCAAUAGAGGUUUCUCAUUUCUAACUUCUUUAUUUAUUGCUUCCAUGAUGUCCACAUGCUAAUAAAGUCGACAAAUUUGGACAAAUGAACCAAUGAACAAAUGGCAACAAAACCAACACUUUACUUUCUCAUACUGUCUUCAUCUUUGCUUCCAUCCCCACUGUGAUUGAAUUGCACGGGAACAGACAAACAGGCAAGAUAACAGAAAAACUUGCUCCGAAAGCAAACUUGUCCCUUCGCAGUCUACCUCGUCUCUGUGCAAUGUCCCCUUGCUGAUCAGAGUGGACGUGGAUGGACAACCUAAUAGCAAAAAACCCUCCCAUCCCUGGCUACUCCAUUAUGUCUUAGUGUUGUGAUUAAAGUGGACGUGGACAAGGGACAACAUGCGUUUGUGGACAACGUCCUGGCGCUGGGUGGCAUUGGUGCUGUUGGCCUGGGCGAUGCUGCUCUUCUUUAUGGGUGGCCACCUGGUGCGUGAGAGCCAACACACACACGAAACGACACACACACGCAGAGAGCUCGCCAACAUCCUCACCAAGCUUGAGCGUCUUAAACAGCAGAACCAUGAGCUGCGGCGCAUGGCACAGGCCCUAAGAAUACCUGAAGGACAGUCUGUUAAACCCGUCUCUGCAGGUCGGGUGCGUCUUUUAGAGGAGCAGCUUAACAGAGCCAAGCAGGAGAUCCGCAGCUAUCAGAGAGUGUUUGGAGAUGUAGGCCCUGGCCGUGUGCAAGAAGACUACAGAAGGAAAGUGGAGAGAGGUGUGAGGGAGUUUUGGUAUUUUCUGCGUAGCGAGGUGAAAAAGCUGAGCCACGUAGAUCCAGCUGCGUUGCAGACGCACAUCGAUACACUGCUGCAAGAUCUCGGACACCAACAGAGGUCCAUCCUGACAGAUCUUCACUACCUGAGCCAAGCUGAUGGAGCAGGUGAUUGGAGGGAAAAGGAAGCAAAGGAUCUUUCCAAUCUGGUGCAGAACAGGAUCUCCUACCUGCAGAAUCCUCCAGACUGCAGUAAGGCGCGCAAGUUGGUGUGUAACAUUAAUAAGGGCUGUGGUUAUGGCUGCCAGCUGCACCAUGUGGUUUACUGCUUCAUGAUUGCGUACGGCACUGAGCGCACACUUGUCCUAGAGUCCCACAGCUGGCGCUACGCCCCUAAUGGGUGGGAGACAGUGUUCAGACCUCUAAGCAACACCUGCACCGAGCGCACAGGAGCAACCACCGGACACUGGACAGGGGAGGAUCAUGAUCGGGAUGUGCAGGUGGUGGAGUUGCCCAUCGUGGACAGUCUUCACCCCCGACCACCCUACUUGCCUCUGGCCAUCCCUGAGGAUUUGGCCCCACGGCUUCAGAGGCUGCACGGAGACCCCUCCGUCUGGUGGGUGUCUCAGUUCGUCAAGUACCUGGUGCGUCCUCAGCCAUGGCUGGAGAAAGAGAUGCAGGAAGCUGGCAUCAAACUGGGUUUCAAACACCCCAUCAUUGGUGUGCAUGUGAGGCGUACAGAUAAAGUGGGCACGGAGGCUGCAUUUCACCCCAUAGAGGAGUACAUGCUGCAUGUGGAGGAACAGUUCCAACUCAUGGCCCAGCGCAUGCAGCUGGAUAAAAAGAGAGUGUACCUGGCAACCGACGACCCUUCACUGUUACAGGAGGCCAAGAACAAAUACCCCGAUUAUGAGUUCAUCAGUGAUAAUUCCAUCUCGUGGUCGGCUGGACUGCAUAACCGCUACACAGAGAACUCUCUCAAGGGAGUCAUCCUGGACAUCCAUUUCUUGUCUCAGACUGACUUCCUAGUCUGUACAUUCUCCUCACAGGUGUGCCGUGUGGCCUAUGAGAUCAUGCAGACAUUACAUCCAGAUGCUUCAUCCUACUUCUACUCUCUGGAUGACAUCUACUAUUUCGGCGGGCAAAAUGCUCACAACCAGAUAGCCAUCUAUGCACAUCGGCCACGCACUGCUGAGGACGUUGCCCUGGAGCCCGGAGAUGUUAUUGGCGUUGCUGGAAACCACUGGGACGGUUACUCCAAAGGACUGAAUCGCAGACUAGGGCGCACUGGCCUCUAUCCAUCUUACAAAGUGAAGGAGAAAAUCGAGACGGUGAAAUACCCCACCUACCCCAAGGCAGACAAACUGCUCAACUCAGAAAAUAGAGGGAAAUAAACUGAAAGAGACAGUAAGAGACUUUAAAAACAGAGAGACGUGAAGAGACUGAACCAGACGGAGACAGCUAGAGACAAAAGAGACAGGGUGAGAAUAAUCCCAAAGUAUUUUUUCCUGUACAAAGCUUAAUGAUAAAGGACAGAAAAUAAGACAUAGUCCACAAAAAGAUACAUGCUGUCAUGUGUGUGUAUGUGUGUGAGUUAAACAGAGAUGAUGCCAAGAGACAAAGAAAUAGAGAUUGAAGAAGAAGAAAAAAGAUUGAAAUACAAUGGUAUUGAAAGAAAAAAAUAUCAAGAGACAGACAGAGAGAUAUGGAAAGAGACAGAGAAAAAAGACAAAGAGAGAUAGAAAAUGACAGAAUUAUACACAACGAGAUGGAAACAGAUAGAGACAAAGACAGAGAAAAGAAAGAAUGGUCUAAAAACAUGAUAAGAGAUCAAUUGUGAGGUAAAGAAGGAGGCAGAUGAACGGGAAGAAACACACAGAGACAGAAAGAGAUUGACAAAGGAGAGAGACAUCAGCGACAAAGAUGGAAAAAGAGAAAGAGGUGAAAA